AUGCGUGCACAAUCUUGGGCAUAUGGGCUCAUUGCCUUUUCUGGCGCUUUUGCCAGUAAGCUAGAGAGUCCGAACGAUGGUUCUUGCGCAAUUGUCGUGACUGAGAGUUAUGGUCAACCUGUUUGGAACCCAACAGCUGCGUUGCCUGAGCAGUCAAUCUUCUGGUCGGCCUGGACCCCUGCAGCCCAUGGUAGCAGCAUCUUGAAGACGAAAACGUCAGCAACCGCGAGCGGAAAACCUUCCUCUACCAAAACACCCACAGCUUCGACUACAGGAUUUUCUGGAUGGAGUGGUCAUCAGGGGAAUUCCGGCAUGGACCCCAGCAAAAUUGCCUCCUACCGCGAAGUUUGGUCAAGCAGGCAGGCGCAUAAUCUAAAGACAUCAACUUCAUCAGCUGGAAUUGGCCAACAGCCAUGGUCUGAUUGGUAUCAAAGCACGAAACCUUCUGUCACUACUACUACUUCCUCCUCAGGAACGGGAUGGCAGUGGCAGACGAAGAGCUCGAUCAUUUCAAGUCACGCAAGCUAUACUCGCAGCCAGGGACGCACUAGCAGCAUCUCAUCAACAACGGCAGCACAUUUUUCCUCUACUGGGCCCCAUUCAUGGCAUAGUAGCCCCGUAUCACCUACCAGUCCUAGCAGCACCAGAUCUUCAGGUGUCUCAUCUUCUUCGAGCGCCACUUCAUAUUCAUGGCCGCAUACCACAAUUGUCUCUUCGACUCGACUUUCUACCACUUCGACACCUCCAUCAACAAGCAGCUCAGGGACUACAACCUCAACAAUUACCUCGGAAACAACCUCCUCCACGAGCACUUCCUCGGAGACAACUACUACAGCCUCGACCACAACAUCAGAUGCGACCACCUCGACCACAACAUCAGCUACGACCACCUCGACCACAACAUCAGAUACGACCACUUCGACCACAACGUCAGAUACGACCACCUCUACAACCACCACCACGACAACGACUGAAACUACGACCACAACCACAACAACAACCGCAACAACAACCACAACUACGGCGCCACCAACACCUUCGUCGUGUAAUAUCGAAGGAUAUAAUUCUGGAGCUCCAGUUGAGGACUUUUAUGAUUCCUCCACGCCCGUUUCAUACGCAGAGUGUCGCCAGUACUGUACAGUUAAUCAUCCUGACACAGUUUCCGUGGGAUUUGGGCUAGAUUUCGGGACCACUUAUUCUUGUGCCUGUUAUAAUUCCCCGGUGGAUGAUUACGUGACGCGCGGUAGUACCGGAUACUUCUUUUCGGACGUUACUUGCCCUGUCUCUGAUGAUUCGACGACGUCGACUAUCUGA